AUGUGGGCUGAGAGUGGGCCUUGGCUGCAAUUUGAGACCCCUUCUUCCCACAUAGCCAGGAGGUCUGGCCUGGAUCUGUGUGACGUGGGUCUUCCCGGACCCAGGGGUAGUCCCGGCGACACGCCGCUAAGCGGCCCAAAAACACUCACUAUCUACAAAGGAGAUAAGGGUGACCCCGGUCCAAAGGGAACUAAAGGAUACCCUGGAAUACCCGGCCUACCUGGACCCUUUGACUAUCCUGGAGAAUAUGGAGAAAAGGGCAUUCCUGGAUACCCCGGGAGCAGAGGGGCUCCAGGGUUUAACGGACCGCCCGGUGUUCCAGGACUGCAGGGACCCAAAGGACGUCCAGGCACCCCAGGCUCAUCGGGCUACCCAGGAUUCAAGGGAGACCAGGGAGACCCCGGACCCCCAGGACCUAGCUCUUUUGUUAAUGGGGGUUAUGCUAUUCAAGGACCUCCGGGGGACUCGGGUUUACGUGGCUUUCCAGGACCCCGGGGUGACCAGGGACCUCAAGGCUUUCCAGGACCUCCCGGCCAACCAGGACCUGAUCGUUUUGGUCCAGGUCUUCGAGGUCCUCCUGGGCCCAAAGGUGUAAAAGGAGAAGUGGGUGACCCCGGCUUACGGCCCACUGGUUUUGAAGGUUUCCCAGGACUCCCUGGGCCCCCAGGUCCCAGUGGCCUUCCUGGACCUCAAGGCCCUCCAGGCACAAACGCUGAGCCCUGCUACAUCUAUCCUGAUACAGGUGACUCUGAAGGUCUACCAACUGCUCCCCCUGGAGGCCCUGGGCCGCCUGGUCCCACAGGAUUUCCUGGAAACAUUGGUGCCAAAGGGUUUAGAGGCGACCCUGGUGACUGCAGAUGUUCUGGAGGAGACUUCUCGGGGUUAGAUGGACCACCUGGACGUCCAGGAACCAAUGGCAGUCCUGGCCUGCCUGGGGUGAAGGGUUUUCUUGGAGACCCCGGUUCACUAGGCUUCAGUGGUCGUCCAGGACCUAGUGGUCCUCCUGGUCAGCGGGGCUUCCCCGGGCGUAAGGGAGAGAAGGGGGCUCCAUAUUACCCCACCCUAAAUCUGGGGUUGAAGGGAGUCAUAGGAGAUCCUGGACCCAGAGGACCUACAGGUGAAACAGGAAAUCCUGGAAGAGACGGGCUGCCUGGCUUCCCUGGAUUUCCCGGACCCCCAGGUGAUGCAGGCAUCGGCUCAAGGGGAGAAAAAGGAUUUCAAGGGUUUCCAGGUUCUAAGGGACGUCCUGGAGGCCCUGGUGAGCCGGGCAUUGGCUAUGAUGGAGCACCCGGCUUGCGUGGAGACCCUGGAGAACCCGGUAUACCUGGUUCUCCAGGUAUACCGGGUUCACCUGGAGAGAAAGGACAAACUCUGGCUUGCGUAUUUACGGGUGAGGCAGGAGACCCAGGCGAUUCCGGUUUCCUUGGACAACCAGGUCUUAAAGGUAAACCAGGGCUGCAAGGGCCCUCUGGACGUCCAGGGUUUGAUGGCCCCAAAGGAGAAAGAGGAGACCCCGGCACCGGAGGCGUGCGUGGACCUGAAGGUUUCACUGGACCCAGAGGGGACCCUGGUAUUCCAGGUAUCCCAGGGCAGAGUUUUGAUGGGCCCAGGGGUAAGGACGGUCUCCCAGGCCGUCCUGGAGCCAAGGGCCAGCCUGGAGAGGUGCUAGGAGCUACACCUGGAUUUCCUGGUCAGAACGGUUUACCAGGAAUUCCUGGAGACAAGGGCCAGCCGGGAACACCUGGAGGACCUGGAAUGCCUGGGUUUGAUGGACGUCCUGGUGCUCCUGGUCGGAAAGGAGAACGCGGAGUUAACGGUUUUCCUGGUAAUCCUGGCCUUCCUGGGCUUCCAGGUGACCCAGAUGGUCGCAUUCCUGGUCCACCUGGCCCUGAUGGUAGUAAGGGUCUGAGAGGACCACCAGGCUGCCCAGGUUUCCCUGGUCGGAAAGGAGAAAGAGGAGAACCAGGUUUCCCAGGACCUGCUGGGAUGAAAGGAACUCCCGGACGACCUGGUGCUACUGGGUUACCAGGAACAAGGGGACGCCCCGGUUUACCAGGACCAGGGACUAUAGAUGGAAUUCCAGGAACGCCAGGAAGAAAGGGUGACAGAGGCAUCCAAGGAAUGAUGGGCUUCCCUGGAUUUGCAGGACCUCCUGGCAGUUCAGGAUUUCCCGGAGUGAAAGGACAGCCUGGAGUGCCUGGAGCAAAUGGACGCCCUGGGUCGCCUGGAUUCUUUGGAACUAAAGGUGACAGAGGAUUACCUGGUCCACCCGGAUUUCCUGGUAGACCUUUUUCAGCUGAGCUUGUAGAGAAAGGAGACAUCGGAGACCCUGGAAUAACCGGCCUUUCUGGCUUUACUGGACCCAGAGGUGACAAGGGUCAGCCAGGUGCACCUGGUCGUCCAGGACGACCUGGAGCUCCUGGUUUCCCUGAUCUGAGUAAAGGGCUGCCGGGAGAACCUGGCCUUUCUGGGGAAACAGGACUUCCAGGCUUCUCUGGACAAAAAGGAGAAUCUGGAAUUAUGGGAUUCCCUGGCACUGUGGGACCAAAAGGCAAUAAUGGCUUUCCAGGUUUAUCUGGAAGGCCUGGAGAAGUUGGUCGGCCUGGUGCCAAAGGACUACCUGGAGAAACUUUUGGUUAUCCUGGAGCACCAGGACUUAAAGGCCGACAAGGAGAUUCAGGGAUCCCAGGCGACCAAGGGAAAGUUGGUGAACCUGGCGAUAAUGGAUUUUCAGGAAAUCCAGGUUUCCUCGGACAGAAGGGGAUUCCUGGUGAACAGGGACGGUAUGGAAUAAUGGGCUCUCCUGGUUUCCCUGGACCAAAAGGUCAGCCUGGAUUGCCAGGAAUAGGAAGGGGGCCUGAUGGGCUUCCUGGUCGGCCUGGAUUCCUUGGAAAUCGUGGGUUUAAAGGUUUUCCCGGACCACCUGGUUUGGAUGGCCUUAAUGGCCUAGCAGGACCUAAAGGCCUGCCUGGAAACCCAGGUGCAAUUCUGGGAGGUAGCCCUGGCCUUUCUGGUAGUCCAGGGUUGAAGGGAGAAAGAGGUGUUUCCCAACCCGGUGUUCCAGGGUAUCCCGGCCAAAAAGGACAAAGAGGAGAACCAGGUCCUUUUGGAUUGAAAGGGAGCCCGGGUAUCCCUGGACCUCCUGGACCCAGAUCAAUAGAAAGCUUUCCUGGACCUACAGGAGAUGCAGGUCUCCCUGGACUGGAUGGACAGUAUGGUGUCCAAGGUCCUCCAGGUCUUCCCGGCCCACCUGGUCCAGGCACAGCUCAGGGAGACAGAGGUGACCCUGGUCUGCCAGGCUUCCCAGGGAACCCUGGUACAAAGGGUGAACCAGGAUUACCUGGAGGUCCUGCAUUCCCUGGCAGACCUGGUUUAAAAGGACAAAAGGGUGAUGGUGGUUUUGCUGGAAUUCCUGGUGUCCAGGGUUUUAGAGGUGACUCUGGUUUUCCUGGAAGCAAAGGAAUGGCAGGAAUUAGAGGGUUUCCAGGUCCAAAAGGUUUGCCUGGAGUCAUAUUUCCAGCUUCACUGCCAAAUGGGCCAUAUCCACAAGGUGAUCCAGGUUUCCCUGGUGAAAGAGGAAGCCCUGGUAACCCUGGAGAGCCUGGUCAGUCUGGUUUUCCUGGGCGUAAAGGUACUGUGGGGAACCCUGGUCCAUCGGGUAGACUGGGCAGGACUGGAGUUCCUGGUUUUCAAGGACCUCUUGGGGAUCCCGGACCUCCUGGUUUCCCUGGAUCCCCAGGAGCACAAGGGUUUCCUGGUACAAUUGGCCCUCGCGGCAUUCCCGGCAGCGUCGGCCGCAGCCACAGCAUCGGCUACACUCUGGUUAAGCACAGCCAGAGCACCCAGGUUCCCAUGUGUCCUCAAGGCAUGGCCAAACUGUGGGAGGGCUACAGUCUGCUGUAUGUAGAGGGACAGGAGAAGGCACACAACCAAGACCUCGGUCAGCCGGGGUCGUGUCUCCCCAGGUUCAACACGAUCCCCUUCCUCUACUGCUCGCCCAGCGAGAUUUGCUACUACGCUAGCCGCAAUGAUAAAUCCUACUGGCUCUCCACGACCGCAUCCAUACCCAUGAUGCCCGUGGAAAAGGAGGAGAUAAGACCUUACAUCAGCAGGUGUUCAGUAUGUGAGGCUCCAUCUCAGGCAGUGGCGGUCCACAGUCAGGAUAUGACAAUCCCCAACUGUCCUAUCGGCUGGAGGAGUCUCUGGAUAGGAUACUCCUUCCUAAUGCACACAGCAGCUGGUGCAGAGGGCGGCGGUCAGUCCUUGGUGUCUCCUGGUUCCUGUCUGGAGGACUUCCGGGCGACUCCGUUCAUCGAGUGCAACGGCGCCAGGGGCACCUGCCACUACUUUGCCAAUAAAUACAGCUUCUGGCUGACAACCGUGGAUCCAGAAAAUGAGUUUACCUUCUCGCCAGCCAAGGAGACGCUGAAGGGAGGCCAGGAGCGCUCCAGAGUCAGCCGCUGCCAAGUGUGCAGCAAGAUCUUGUAGUAGGCAAAGGUGAAAGAUGGAGGAGUGAGGCGGGGAAACAUCAGGAGGGGAUUCACUAACAUUUCAAGAAUUUAUGAUGGAGGAUGAGAUGGAUUUAAAAAAGAACACGUGACUGACUGAAUGGACCUUUCUCCUGUGCUGUGAUGGUUUCAGAAUCGAGUCGAGCAACAUCGGCCCCAUUUUGAGAGUUUUUUAAUCCCCUGUAGGAAUGAACGGCUUUUAAAAAAAGAAGAAGAAGCUGGAGGUAGGAGGAGGAAAGAGAAGAGUCCCAGUGUGAGCGAUCUUCUCGAGAUUAUCACUGAUAAUGGUGCUAUUGUUUAUGUAUGUGUUUAUUACGUGUCAGCUUUCUUGUGACAGAUGUCAGCGAGAAUCAUUCUCGGCUACCUCGGAGAGUGCCCCCACCCCCAUUUAGCAAACAACUGCCCCGCACACACGUUAAGCACCCAAUUUAAAGGUUAUCAGCUCAGGAAGUUGGUCGUUAUUGGUUCUUGUCGCUCCCAUAGAUACUGACAGCAGGCAGAAAGUCUCUACACCAACUCUGACGUCUGACUGUCAUAUCUCUGGGACAGACAAGCCUACAAAUGCUUUUCAAUGGGCUGAUCACGUUUGAAGCGGGUACAUAAGAGCUUAAUGUGAGAUGAGAGUAAAAUUACAGAUUGCUGGUUGAUUUUAAGGUUUUAAAGCGAGUUUGCAUUAUCUUAUUGGGCUGAUCUGAGCAAAGCAGAUAUAAAGCUUCAUUGAAAUCCCAUCUUUGGGAAGAUGAAACCUGUUUUCUUCAUAAACUUUUUAUUCUACGGCAGUUUAGCAUCACGAAGGUGCCCACUGUAAACACACUGGGGAUUUUUUUCAUGUGUUGCAUCAAUACCUGCAGUAUAUUUGAUGUCGGCCACUUCAUUAUUGGUUUGAAAAUCAACUUGCCAAGACAUGUGACUUGCUUGAGGUAAAAAUGGCGUUGAAGCUAUCCUUUGUUUUUAAGUUUUUGUGAUAUUUGGAUUAUUUUUUGGUGCCUUACAAUCGGACGUGUGAAUUAAAGGAGUUUUAGCUUCAUGGAAAGAUUUAAAAAAUCUGUGGAAAACUAUAACUCAUUAGCAAAUUAUUUUUUGCAUAAACAAAAAAAGACUAGAAGUAUUUUUUUUAUUGGACUCCAACAAAAAAACAUAAACAAAGCAAGUUUCAUUUCUUUAAGUGCUGGUUUUCAUAUAGAAGGUGAGAAGCAUCAUCUGUUUUGGGGAACAGAAGGAACUUAGAAACAAUCUAAAGUAUUCCUAAACAUGUCAAAGUCCCAGCGUAAGCUUCACGUAAGCCUGUGUACAUUUCACAGUGGGACUCUCAGGUUGCUGCUACGUUACCGUUAGUAUGACUUUAAAGGUCAAGUCAGAUUUCUGUGCAACAGCUGAAAUGACAAUAGAGAGCUGUUGUUAUUGCACUGAUGUGGACACAGAUGGUUCAGAACAUCAAAGGGGCAUACAUAUCUCCACCUCCACUCUCACAGGUUUUCUCUAUGCUGCGACCAAACAAGUAUUUCUUUUGAUUAUAUCACACUUUUUAAGGCUGCCAUUCGCUUGCAUUUUUCAAAAAGACACAAAACACACGCUCUCUGAUAGAUGAAUUAUUGCUGUACAUAGUGCUUACUGUAUUUUUCAGCAAAUCAUGUUAGCGCAAAGGUCUAUGAUGUUGUUACUCGGUUAUUUUCUUUUGUUUUUGUGUCCUCGGACAGGUAAGAAGGUGGCAAAAGGACAAUUCUGUGCCUUUAAAUAUAGAUUUUGCAAAAACAAAUACAAAAAACACACAAAAAAUUUGAAAUUGUAUCUGUUUUUGCAUUAAAUUUGGUUUUCCUCUGAGUCAAACAGGUUCAUCUGUGCUUGGACAGUGGAAGCUACAGCAUGACUUGUAACCACUACGACCUCUAGCACGUCUCUCUCUGCUGGUAGCCCUGACUUUAACGCUGUGCCACAUAGUACAUUUGUGUCUGUAUUGUUUUUUUUGUAAUCUAGAUUUGUAAUUAUUGAGUCGUGACACUAUCCCCUGGUUUUAUUUACUGAGAAGUGAGGGAAUGGGAAGGUAAUGAUGUGUACAUUAAAUUUUAUGGAAAGGAAAACAUGCCUGUGUUUUUAUAUGGGAGAUAUAUUCACCGCUGAUGAUUUAGGAUGCUAACAGCACACUUUAUUGCCAGUUUGGACUUCACCGCUCGUUCAGAGCCAAAUGGAGAAACAUGCUUUAAGAUCCCUGAGUGACAGAAAAGAAAUGCAGUUUUCCUCAAAGAGGAUCCAUAACAAAUCAAAAGUGGCAACGUAACAUGUCUGUUCCUGUAACGUGUGUUUCUGUGCUCACACACUUUGAAAUAAAGUCUCAAAACUACUUAACAAA